UGAACGUUGCAGGAUGGCCAAUACAGCUCUGGGAGGCACUACUGUCACAUAUCGAUGCCAAAACCAUGCUGUACGAACUUUGCCAUGGAGGCUGUUACAACGUUAGAGCGUUUAGUAGUCUAAUUGGAGAAACAUUUUUCUCUGAACUUGUUCUCCAUGACAAGACCGGAUGCGGCACUGUUUCUGCUGCCGAGUUUGGACGUUUCAUUGGAACAGCAACAGAGCAGCUGCAUAUGCGUCAAGACCCAGACAGGAAGUUUUUUUACCGUACUAGUCGCUCCCAUGUGUAUGGCUUGACUGGAUCAACUGAGAGCAGCACUGCACAGCCGACCAACAGUGACGGAUGCAAUACGCAACAGCAGAAUGACAUCAUUCGAAAAAUAAGAUUAAAGGACCACGAAUUUGACAUUCCAAAACGGAAGGAACCUAAACGAAAAUUUGACACCGUGUCAACAAGCAGAAACGCUCUCCAGAAGGGAACGUUGGGUGUCCGAUGGGAGAGGGCAAGACGAAAUGACAGCAAAAUGCUUCUAACAUCAAAAAUGGGAAUUGACAUUGACCCGUAAAAGGAAAUCAUAAUAUCAUACGACAGUUUGUAGUUCUUUAAAAGACAGCUGUCAUUUUUGAUAUUCGUUAACCAACGUUACCUAUAUUGAUUCCGUGUAAUGCUACUGAAUUUGAUUUUGUGUUGCUCUUUCUAUGUUUAUGCAUUGAGGAGCUACCAAUAUUGGGGCCGUAUAAUAUGCUGCCUAUAUUGACGCUGUGGGAUGCUUCAUUUAACGAGGCCUACCGGUAUAUUCAACCUUUUUGGGGGAUUUGAAACAACAACAGACAUAUUGGAUCUAACUUUAUUUUGUUUGCUGUUAUUUGUUUCAAGUUUUAAAAUUACAGUUUCUAAAAAAUGCCAUGUAUCUUGUAUCUUGUUAAUUAAAAAAAAGGUAUCUUU